AUGAGUGAGGCAAACCAAACCAUUGUGGGGGCCUCUGAGGUCCCCACGACAUCUACCUUGUCCCUUGGACUGGGCAGCGGGAUCCGGGCAUGGCCUAUGCUGGUAGGGGUCGUCCUUGGGGCUGUGGUCCUCUCCCUCCUCAUCGCACUGGCUGCCAAAUGCCAUCUCUGCCGCAAAUACCGUGCCAGCUACCAGCACCGCCCACUGCCUGAAACAGGGAAGGGAGGUUGCCCCGAGGUGGGUGAAGAUGAGGAUGAUGAUGGCUUCAUUGAGGACAAUUACAUUCAGCCUGGGGUUGGUGGGCUGGAGACAGAAGCAAGCAGGGACCGCUUCUCCCUUUGA